CCAAGAAGCACGGACCGCCGCGCAAUGCUCGGCUGCUUCCCCGCCGUCGGGGCCGGCCGGAGGCCCCCCAGGUCACCGCCGACGGGGCUCCUUAACCUUAUCUACGACGACGGCUCCACCUCCACCUCCGUCUCCGUCUCGCCACCCUCCUCCGCCUCCACCUCCUCCUCGGCCUUCCUCGACGAGGUCGACCCCGCCGACGCCGACGCGCAGGCCGACCUCUCCUCCGCCAUCGCGUCCCGCCGCCUCUCCCUCGCACUCCCCGGCCGCUCCAACUCCAUCGUCGACUCCUCCUCCCCCGAGCACGCCGCCGCUCCUAGCUGCCACGGCGGCACCACGUGCAGCGUGAUCCCGACGCAGGAGGCGGUGCGGAGCGUGACGCUGUCGACGGACGCGCCCCGCGCCGAGUUCCUCAAGUCCAUCCUGGAGAUGGCGGAGGCUGCUCUUGCCUCCCGCAAGGCAGCCCCAGCCGCUGGUGGCCGUUUGGCCCGCGCUGGAUGCCCCCAAGGCCCGUUGGGGCUGCAUCGAGCUCCCGGCCUCCCCCAGCCGACUUCGCCGCGAUGUCCAGCCUUCACGCUAUGUGCGCUGCUCCAACCCCGCGUGACCCUGGCCAGAUGGAUGGUGGGCUUGGCGACCAGCCACCGCCAUUGCUUGGGCAUCCCUGUCGACAACUCCUAUUGGCGCCGCGUCGUCGACGACUCAUGUUGGCGCCGCGCUAUCACCCUCGACUACUGCUGUCCUCAUGCAGCCCCCGUCUCCUGCCGGUGAUGCUUCGUCGUCCUCCACUCUUGCUGAAGCCGCAUCAUCUCCGACUCCUACCGGCACUGCAUCGGGUUUGGACACGGAGCCACCUAUUUUGUGGAGCUCCCUUGCCGACAAUGAAGAAGAUGAGGAUGACGAUGAGCUAGCCUCGUCGACGCCAUAGUCAGCUACCAAAUCCUCCAUUCCGGUUGCUCAGUUGGGCCUAGCGUCUGAGGUGGAUAAGUGCGGAGGUUGGCAGAAGGUGUUGCCGAGGGGCAGCAUGCGACGCCCCGACGUCGCCGGCCCCUACAUGGGCUCCCCGUCCGGUCCCGGCAUGACUUCACGGUAGAUGUUGCAGAUGUGUCUAUCCUGGACACCGUGUGGCGGAUUGCAAAGAUCCAUUUAGGUGUUCUCGGUGCCUGUAGAAUAGUCAUCGAGCGCGUGGAUGUUGCAACGCCUGGCGUCCCCUCAGCUUAUUGGGUGGCCCUACUGCGGAUGUUGCCCCGCCUCCCUGUCGGGCACCAUCAAGGUCCAUCUCCUCGCAAGAUCCAGAUAGAAGCCUCGCUCCCCUCGAAGACGUCUUGUCAUGAUUCUUGGGCAUCGAUCGUUUCUGAUCCUGCUGGCUCUGUGGCACACACUCCUAUGGUGCAUAAGAAUGCCAUGUUAUCUAUGUUGCCUCGAUAGCUCGCUCAGUAUUCUGUAGCAGUAAGAG